UUUCACCAGCUCAUCUUAAAACAGUGACACCGCCGGUCGAAACCACCGUUUUUCUGAUCGUUUCUUUUCCAAAUCAUUCGGCAAAAAUUGAAAGCGAACCUUUUUCUUUUCUUCCUUCCUUUCACCUCUUUAAUCAUAAUCAAAUCAGUCACCAAAAGCCACAGAUAAAUCCCAAAUUGGUUUCAUCGAUUAUAAGCAGGAAAAAAAUUGAUCCUUUAGGGCACACUAGUUUCGUCAUCUUCUUCUUGUGGGCCUUCUUCUUCUUCUUCUUCUACGACCUUUAAAUUGACUUUUCUUUACUCUAAUGGAAUCUCCUUUUCCUCCCUCUACGCCACUCGUUUCGAAUCAGAGUUUCAGUGUCAGGGAAUGUUAGAGAAAGUUUAAGCUUGAGUGGUAGAAGUUGAAUUGUGUUUGAAUUUGAUAAUGGCACGAAAAGGAAGUCAUCAGAAGAAUGGAAUGGAUAACCAAACGAAGCAAAAAAAGAAGACUGCUUCUGAUUCUUUGCUGUCUAAUAAGGGACAAGGGAAAAAUAAUGAGGCUGAGAGUGUUCUGAAAGAGAAUUGUCAAGAUGAUAAGCAGACUAAAAGUAGUCCAGUUUGUGAAACUUUAGAAAGAGAUAUGGAUGAGGCAAAAGGCGCUGCUUCUCUCAAGGAUAUAGAUCAGUCUGUUGCUUCGGAGAGCGAUUUAGCUGGAGGUAGUAGACCUCGUAAUGAACCUGGUUUUACAACAGAAGAAACUAGAUAUAUUCCGUUUGGUCGUGAACACAUUGACAGUGUUAUGAGAAGCUUGCUGGAUAUAUUGAGCACGAAUAGCCCGUCAGAGAAUAUUGAGUUAGCAUAUAAUGCAGUACUGAGGAAACUGAGGAUAUCCACUGCUACUGUAUCAAGGGAAAUGACUAAGUGUAUGGAAAGACACAGGCCUUUGAUAGAUUCUGUCAAAUUACGAGUAUAUAAAGGUCGUGAUCUUGUUCUAACGAAAAUGCGGCAAGUAUUCCCGGUUGUCUUCAGGUGGCUUAUGCACUUUGGCAGCAUAAUUCUUCUUCUAUCUCUGGUUUGGUUGGACUGUGCAAUCCGGGGUUUUGAUUCAUUCAUUCGGAUGGGAACAGCAUCUUUUUUCUCUAUCAUGUGGUGUGGUCUCUUUUCAGCGUUUUCGAUGUUCGGCAUGACCAAAUUUAUACUGAUUUCGGUUGCAACUGUUUUGGUGGCAUUGUUCAUUGGCUUCGUAGUUGGGUCUGUUACGCUUGCCAUUUCUGGUUUGGUUUUGCUAUGGCUCUAUGGUAGCUUUUGGACAACACUGCUCUUCCUCUUCUUUGGAGGUCUGGCAUUCAUGAUGAAGCACGAGCGCGUUGCACUGUUUAUAAUCACAGUGUAUUCAGUCUAUAGUGCAUUGAGUUAUGUUGGAUGGCUAGGUCUUCUAUUGGCUUUUAAUCUUGCUUUCAUCUCAACCGAUGCUCUCAUAUAUUUCUUCAAGAAUAAAAUAAAUCAGCAGAGCACUGCUGAUAGACCCACUGAGCCCGUAAAUGAUUCAUCUUUUGAAAAUGGCCCUGGCUUUCCGGGAGACCGUGGCCCAGGAGUCGCGUCAACUAGCGGAACAGACUCUGAGUUAACAUCUGAAGAUGAAAUUGCUCGGUUACUGAAUUGUCCUGACCACUAUUCAGCUUUGGGCUUAGCUCGAUAUGGGAAUGUUGAUAUGGCUUAUCUCAAACGAGAAUAUAGGAAAAAGGCGAUGCUAGUCCAUCCUGAUAAGAAUAUGGGGAAUGAGAGAGCAGCUGAAGCUUUUAAGAAACUUCAGAAUGCAUAUGAGGUAUUACUUGAUUCUGUAAAGCAAAAAUCAUAUGAUGAUGAAUUGAAGAGGGAAGAACUACUGAACUACUUUCGGAGGUUUCAGAACUCUUCUCAAAAGGACACUCGGGGACACGGUUUCUCUGGGUCGGGUUUUGGAAGCUCAGAAGGUGAAGGAGAGGAAGCAUUUAGAGAGUGUAGACAGAUAGCGUGUAAAAAAUGUGGCAAUCUCCAUGCCUGGUUUCUUACAAAGAAAUCAAAAUCUACAGCUAGAUGGUGCCAGGUUUUUUCCAACUCUUCCCACCUGCAUCUUUAAGAUCCUAUAUAUUACACCAAUUAUGAAACUACUUGAGAGGGAAGUAUAAUACAUAUAACUUAAACUGAUUUACACGAGCUCUGCUUUUGUAUCUCAAGGAUUGCAAGGAAUUCCAUCAAGCAAAAGAUGGAGAUGGUUGGGUUGAACAAGCUUCCCAGCACGUCUUGUUCGGGCUAUUUCAAAAGGUUGAUAUGCCGCGUGCUUAUGUUUGUGCAGACAGCAAAAUAUAUGAAGCUUCUCAGUGGUAUAUCUGUCAGGGAAUGAGAUGUCCUGCAAACACCCACAAGCCGAGCUUCCAUGUGAACAUGAACGCGACAGCUGCCAAACGAGGAACAAGUGGUUCUUCAGGGCAAAAAGGAAACCAGAGAAUGCCAAACACAAACCCGGACGAAACAAUGACAGAGGAAGAGUUCUAUGAGUGGUUGCAGAACGCGGUUCAAUCUGGUAUGUUUGAUAAUGCAAGAGAGAACCCGUCUUCAGCAACCGCCAGUAGCACUAGUAGUAGUAGCAGCAAGAAAAAGAAAAAGGGAAAGAAGCAAUGGUGAAAAACUCAGAAACAAUUCGACUAUAUUAACAUGGUGAAAGUUUUGUACCCUUGUGUUCUAAAGAUAUUAAACUUGACUUGAUGAUAAGUUUUAUUCACACAGAGCAAAAAGCUCUCGAAAGAAGCCGAUUUGAUAGAUUGCAACUUUAGUUUGUUCUACUGAGAAUUCAAAUUAAAUCCCCAAACAAGAACAUGUUCUUAUACAAGAGAAUAAAACUUACUUAUUAUCAGACUUUGAACAAGAUGAAAUACUUGAACAAG